AUGUCGGAUUCUGGGAGCUCCCUCAAUUCACAACUUUCUCAGAAAACGUCUUUCUUCGGCCUUAAGGUGUGGGUUGUGAUUGGAAUAGCUGUUGGUGUGUUCAGUCUUGUCAUUCUCUCAGUGCUAGCUAUUUGUGUUACCAUUAAGAAUAGAAGAAAGCUGAAAAGGGCUUCUGUUAAGCUCCCCGUCGUCCAAAUUCCAGUGUUAUCGAAGGAAAUCAAGGAAGUAAGGGUUGAUCAAGUACCUACUAAUGAUUUUCCUGCUCCUAAUGGGUCUCUUCUCCCAGUUCAUGAUAACUCUGGUGAAAAAGAAUCAGAUAAGGUAAUGGUUUACUCGGGGGUUGGUAAGACGAAACAGACAAGCGGCUGCAGCCAUUCAGGUUCAUUUCACCGUGUGGACAGAGAUUGUAGCUCCCAGUCAGGGGAUGAAGGGAACUUUGGGAAAGUUCAAGUUCAUAAACCAACGUCUUCACUUCCGAUAACUGCUCCUUCACCAUUGAUUGGCCUUCCCGAACUUUCGUCUCUCGGUUGGGGCUACUGGUUCACAUUAAGAGACUUAGAAGUGGCAACAAACCGUUUCUCAAAGGAUAAUAUUCUCGGAGAGGGUGGGUACGGUGUUGUUUAUCGUGGAUACUUAGUUAAUGGAACUUCAGUUGCUGUUAAGAAGCUCCUGAACAACCUGUGAGUCUCCACGAACUGAGCUUACUUCGCAUUUUUGUUAGAUCAACAUUUUUCUAUUCUUAUGUGCAAUAUAUGGAAUGAUUAUUGUAGGGGUCAAGCUGAGAAGGAAUUCCGGGUUGAAGUUGAGGCCAUUGGUCAUGUUCGCCAUAAAAACUUGGUGCGCCUUCUGGGGUACUGUGUUGAAGGUACCCAAAGGUACAAAUACAAAAGAACCCUUAAUAACUAUGAAGUAUUUCGUCUGUUAUUAUUUCUCAUUCUGCAGUAUUGAUGCAUAUGUAUUGCAAAAGUAGUAGAACACGAAGCAUCUCUGUUGAUUGAUGGUUGAAUUCUAUUUCUAUCCAUCUUUUACUGAAUUCUUGAUUUUCUUUUUCAGGAUGCUGGUUUACGAGUAUGUUAACAAUGGAAAUUUAGAGCAAUGGCUUCAUGGAGCAAUGAGGCAGCGGGGUUACCUGACUUGGGAUGCUCGGAUGAAGAUUCUCAUUGGCACAGCCAAGGCGUAAGCCCCAUCACGAACCUUUACCUGUAACUAUAACAGCAUUCAUUUUAACAAAUGAGACAAGAGCAUCCAUUUUCAAAGAGGCCUUGAAGAUCAUUAUCUUUUCAUGAAAAAUGUUGACUUACAUGAAGCUAAUUCAUGAAUGUCUCUUGUGCAGUCUUGCAUACUUACAUGAAGCUAUUGAACCCAAAGUUGUGCACCGGGACAUAAAAUCAAGUAAUAUUCUGAUUGAUGACAAACUCAAUGCAAAGGUGUCUGACUUUGGUCUUGCUAAGCUUCUGGGUGCUGGAAAGAGCUAUGUCACAACACGAGUGAUGGGGACAUUUGGGUUUGUGUUUCUUUAGUCCUUUGCCUUUCCAUUUUUUUGGUCCACAAAUGAAACUAUCGUAUGAAUAUCUUGAUGUAUUCUUAUCCUCCUCAUAUUUAUUUCUCUCAAUGUGCAGCUAUGUAGCACCAGAAUAUGCAAACACGGGACUUCUUAAUGAGAAAAGCGACAUCUACAGCUUUGGGGUUGUUCUGUUAGAAGCAAUUACUGGCAGGGAUCCUGUUGACUAUGGUCGUCCUUCUGAUGAGGUACAGAAAUUACUUCUCCCUGUUCCUACCUGACAUUGUUUAAUUUAUGCAAUCUAGGUGCUAUUGAAAUCUGAUGUGAGAGUCAUGGGAUUAAGUUUCUAUGAUUAGCAAGUCACGACCUGUUUGUCUCUUAGCUCGCAUUGUAUCGCUUUGAAAUUUUUUAUUUCUUUCGAUUUCCUUCUAUUUUUCAUCUUAUGCUCACAUUAUUUUGAUAGGUAAAUCUUGUUGAGUGGCUCAAAAUGAUGGUAGGGAGUAGACGCUCAGAAGAAGUAGUGGAUCCAAGCAUUGGGACACCCCCAUCCACCAGAGCUCUCAAACGAGCACUUUUGGCUGCUUUGAGGUGUGUAGAUCCAGACUCAGCUAAGAGACCGAAAAUGAGCCAGGUUGUCAGUAUGCUAGAAUCUGAUGGUCCAAUUCCUCGUGAGGUCAGAACUCUGAUCCUUCAUUGGUGUUUCUAUUGCUUACAGCACUCAUCUUGAUGAUGAAUAUGAUGCCCAUCGUAUGAACAUAUAUACAUGUGUACAUAUGUAUAUAUAUAUUUGUGUGUGUGGUUGUGUUCUAACAUUACAUAGAUGUAUAUUAGGUGGCAACAUCUGGUUUUAUUUAACAUGUCCACCAAAAUAAUUCCAGGGUCAUCAUCAAAAUUAUUUUUCUCAGAUCUAUGUCUUUAUAUAAGUCAAAGUGUUGUUUGCAUCACAUUACAUCUGAUGGCAAGAAAAUCCACAUCUUGGACUCUGCCAUGGUUAUUUCGUACUCAUUAUCUACCAACUAAGGUAGCUCUAUUUAUAUAUGUACAUAUAUUAUGCAUAUAAACUAGAUCGUCAGAACCUUGCUUAUUUUUAACACAGUUAAUGCUUAGUGAGACGACAGUCUAUUAGACGUCGAUUUGGGCCUAGUGAUAUUUGACCGCAUGAUUUUGAAAAAAGACCUUACUCUUCUAAUCGUCUUCCAUUUGAAGAAUUCCAGCUGAGUUGACCCAACCUCUGGCCUUGCUUAUUAAUUUUGGUUGACUAUUACCUAUAUUACCUCCAAUUUUAUAUAUAUGCUUGACUAAGUUUUAUGUAGAAGUUGAUGGUGGGUGGUUUAAAAGAGGCUCCUUUUUCUAAAAAAAUUUCUUGGAGGAAGAUUAGCAAAGACCCUCCAUUAUGGACUGUUCUCUAUCUUCUGGGGAGAUUCUCCUGCUGAUCUCUGAGGAGUGACUCUUUAUCAGGAUCGAAGGCGCUUCCGGCAAAGCCGAGGUGGAAAUACAGAGACAGGAUCCCAGACAGAGAACUCUGACACUGAGAAGAGCGACAAUCCUGAUGCCAGCGAUUCCCUGCGGCCUGAUUCUUCUGCGAGCAAGUGA